UUGAACAGACCUUUAUGGCACCAGCCCAAGGUAGGAAAGGAUCUUUUGUUGCUGGGGUUGCCGCUCGCAGGCUUAGACGCUUCUGCAGGGGGAGAAGCUAUGCAGGACAGCGUGCUUGGAAGAACGGUACCCGGGGUUUUCAAUGACAAACCUCCAGUUUUGGGGUCUUCUUUUCACUUCUUCCUUUCAGAUACGUCAUGACGGAUCAAACAGUUACCGUUUGAUGCAGCUUGGAUGCCUGGAGUCUGUGGCCAACUCGACCGUCGCCUAUUCCUCCUCAUCUCCUCUCACUUACUCUACCACGGGCACCGAGUUCGCCUCCCCGUACUUCUCCACUAACCACCAGUACACCCCGCUGCACCACCAGUCCUUCCACUACGAGUUCCAACACAGCCACCCGGCAGUCAACCCCGACGCUUACUCCUUGAACUCUCUCCACCACUCCCAGCAAUAUUACCAGCAGAUCCACCAUGGAGAACCCACUGAUUUUAUCAACCUGCACAAUGCGCGGGCACUCAAGUCCUCCUGCUUGGACGAGCAGAGGAGAGAGCUGGGGUGCUUAGAUGCUUACCGCCGCCACGACCUGUCUCUUAUGAGCCAUGGAUCCCAAUAUGGGAUGCAUCCAGAUCAAAGACUCCUGCCAGGACCAAGCCUCGGGCUUGCAGCCUCGGGAGCAGACGAUUUGCAGAGCUCAGUGGAGGCCCAGUGUGGACUUGUACUCAACGGGCAAGGAGGUGUGAUAAGAAGAGGUGGCACCUGUGUUGUGAACCCCACUGACCUGUUCUGCUCCGUUCCUGGUCGCUUGUCCCUGCUCAGCUCCACUUCCAAGUACAAAGUGACCAUCGCCGAGGUGAAGAGGCGCCUUUCACCACCAGAAUGCCUCAACGCCUCCCUCCUCGGAGGUAUUUUGAGAAGAGCAAAAUCCAAGAACGGAGGACGCUGCUUGAGAGAAAAAUUAGACAGACUUGGACUAAAUUUGCCUGCAGGAAGAAGAAAAGCAGCAAAUGUCACACUCCUGACUUCCCUGGUAGAAGGGGAAGCGCUACAUUUGGCCAGAGAUUUCGGCUACACCUGUGAAACAGAGUUCCCUGCCAAGGCAGUAGGAGAGCACAUUGCCAGACAGCACAUGGAACAGAAAGAGCAGACAGCGAGGAAAAAGAUGAUCCUAGCGACCAAACAAAUAUGUAAAGAAUUCCAAGACCUUCUAAGUCAAGACAGAUCACCCCUCGGAUCCUCCAGACCGACUCCAAUAUUAGACCUCGACAUCCAGAGACAUUUAACACAUUUCAGUUUGAUCACUCACGGUUUCGGAACUCCUGCAAUAUGUGCUGCCCUAAGCACUUUCCAAACUGUUCUCAGUGAAAUGCUGAACUACUUGGAAAAGCACACAUCGCACAAAAACGGAGGAGCGGCGGAAUCCGGCCAAGGACACGCCAACUCGGAGAAAGCCCCCCUGCGGAAAACUUCAGAGGCUGCUGUGAAAGAGGGCAAAACAGAAAAGACAGACUAGCUACAUCAAACAGAAUCUAUUUCGAGAGAGUUCUUGCUGCUGAUAUUUUUUUUAAAUAUAUAUAUCAUUGAGGGCAAUUUAUCUCCAGUGGACCAAAUCCAGAGGAAAAGAAAAAAAAAGAAGGGGGGGAAAAAAGAAAAAAAUAGUAAAAAAAGAAAAUAAAAAGAAAAUAAAAAAGAAAGAUUAAAACAGAGAGAAAGAGAGAGCGUGAGAGAGGAAAGUAUUCAACCCUAAGAACAGCAGUGUACAGUAAUUGUGUGAUGAAAUUGUCACUUUUUUAAAAUUUAUGUUGCUCUAAACUGCUUUUUUGUGCACGUAGUAUUUGAUUGUUCUGAAUGAUACACUAACACUGUUUUUUAUAAGCACUUCUGGACUUGGCUGAGGUGGCACAUGAAAUUUGAAGCACUUUCUUCUCCGGCAGCAGAGUUAGGGUCAGUGCAUCAGUUGUGGGACACACAGUUCCAGCAUCCUGACUUUGCUCUCAUGCUGGAUAGAUUGAAAGAAAGGCUUCCUCUGGUCCAUGGGAAAUGCCUGAUCUACUCACCAUUGAAAAAACAACAUGGAAAUCUGGUAAAAAGGAAUUCUUGGGUCAUGGGACAAAUGAACCAUCCUGUACAUGGGAAUGCAAAAUAAAUCUGCCCUGGAAUGAGGCCAGAACCUGUUGGGGAUCUGUCCUGACCAUUCAAGCAGCAGCCAUGGUGUCUCUUGUGAAAAGAGCAUGGCAGACUAAAAGGAAAACAAACCUUGAUAGUCUCAGUAAGAGCCCUGAUCCCUCUGUGAACUUCAGUUUAAAUGACAGCAUGGGCUUCUGUUCUCUGUUUUCUCAGCUCCUGGUACCACAGCACUCUGCCAUACCUGGGUCUCUGUUCAACACAAUCAGUGCAGGCAAUUGGAGUCACCUUUUGUGUUGCCCUGAUUUUAUGAUGCUUUCUUUUUUUCAACAGCUUGUUUCUGCAGCUUUAUUGUCUUUAUAAAUCCAGCUGAGGUGCAGAGGUCUAACAGAAUCCACUCACUGGAAAUAAAAUAAAAACAAAACAACAAAUAAGACAGAUUGGCUUAGUCCACAACAGCUGAGUGGUAAUAACCUUGCUAAUGUACUUUUGAAAUAUUACUUUACCACCUACCACACGCAGAAAACAUGGGAGGUAUAGCUUGAGCUCAAGACUCUGAGUCUAGGGACUUUUUCCAGUCACAUUUUAACUCCUUCAACGAGACUUUAUUCCAUUCUUUUUCUUGUUUCUCUAACAUCACCUUAUUGAGAAAGUUAGGAAGGAAUGGGCUUGGUGUUGUCCAUCUAAACUCUACUUGAGAUCAGGAGAACCAGACCUUUUCUUCCAAGAGACAAUUCAGCUCUUUCUGUGAUAGGAAAAACGAUAGCUGUCCAUGUGUAAAUGUUUAGAGUCAUUUGAGAUGUUUUAGGUGUCUAAAUCAGAGUUUUGACAGUUAUGACAUGAAAGCUUUAGGAGAACUGGACUCACCUGGAGGAAGAGCUGGAGGAUCCCAGAGACAGCAGUAGAUAACUGUGGGUGACAAAAGCUCUCACACACAUUUUCAAUUUUUAGAAGUUGUUAGCAUGGAUUAUACCUUGGAUGAUCAGUUUAGACUAAACCUAGGGACUGUGGCAAAUACCUGCAGUGUUUAGAGCCAGAUGCAAGGAAUUAAAUUGAAUUAACAGUGUCACCCUCACCAUUCAAAUUAUGGAAGGCAAUAGAGUGAUGAUGGCAUGAUGCUGCUCCUCUCCUUUCCUCUAAAAAGUAAGAAGUCCCUGAUUGUUUAUUUAAAGAAAUCUGGGGGGAAAAAGUCCUGUGAUUUUGCCCAGAGUUGUCCUUGCUCAGUGUAGGUGUAUAAAUCAGAUACCUGCUUUAGUGCUAUCCAGUCACCCUCCUGCAUUGAGGGAAACAGGUGUAUCUCCAUGGGACUCCACCUCCUUAACACACCAAGAUCAGAUAAGUGCCUCAAAAAAUUAAUUUUAUUAAAUUAAUUUAAUUAAUAUGAACCGGCACUUCUGGAGAAAAGCUAAAAUCAAAUUAACAGUCCUCAGAGAUGUCUUCAGCAGAAACAUUGUGGAACUGUCCUAGAACAUUAAAUACUUGAGUGUGAAAGUAGGUAACCGUGAUUAAAAGUGAAAAGGAAACUCAUUCUUCUUUUUCUAUUGCCCAAACUAAGGGAGAGGAAAGGGAAAAAUCAAAAGUUUGACUGUGCAGAUUUGCCACAUCUGUAAAAUAUGUGCUGUAAAGCAAUUUAAUUUGAACCUCUCUUUCAAGAUGUGGAUAAAUUUAAAUUAGUUUUUGUUUGGGAAGAAAAAUAUAAGGAAAAUGUUUUUAAGAUCCUUUUCAGUUUUUUCCACUAAAAUAUCAACUUUUUGGAGAAGGAGGAAUAAAUGAUUUGGCAUAUAAAUCUGAAACUGUUGUUAAAGCAACAUUUUAUUACCAUCAAAUUAAAGUGCUUAACAUCGCAAAUAAUAUGUAUACAGCCUAAUAUUAAAUAUUUGCCUAUUUAGGAUAUGGUCCAAGAUCCCAACAAUAAUUUAUUUCAAGACUUGUGUCUCUCACUGUUACAUAAUCACUAUGAGUGUCUGCUCCUUAGGCAACAGAUUAUUUUUGGCCUGGAUUACCCUUUCAUCUAUUACUAUUUAUAAAUCUGAGCACACUUAAAACCCCAGAACUCCAGUUUUUGGCUUAAUGACCCCUGUAUAUUUUUGUUAAUUGUCCAUAUAGAUCUGAUUCUACCUGGUUGAACUGCUAUAUGCUUUUACCAUUGAGAAGUUGUUUCUAUUUCCAUGUCAAAGGUUCUGGUUUGUUCUCUUAGUACUUUAGCACAUUUUAAAAGCAAAAUUCUUUUUAAAAUGUGGCUAUAAGUUUGCUGACCUUGGCAGGCUCUCUAAUUUCUAUUUUUAAUUGCACUUAAUAAUUUUAUUGAGUGAACAAUAAUUAUCACUGCCUUUUCUGCUGAACUAGCUAACUGAGCAGUUUGGUGUCAAAAUACCUGGAACUUUCAGUGAGGUUUUAAGCAAUGAAUUCACUGAUAUUCCUGUUCAAAUCUCAGCCUAGGUUCCCAUUCACAUGCCUGUGGUGUCCAUGUUCCCGUGUUGUAGGUUUGGGGGUUUUAUUAUUUUCUUAGUCCUUGUCUCUGUGGAAACAUUGCCAUCUCAAAGCACAUUCAUGACCUAGAUAAACCCGAAGGAAGUUCAUGAUUUGAAGUCAGUGGUGCUCUCUGGUGUCAGAUUGAAGUAUACUUGUACCUCUUUGACUUGGAAAUUUAUCUGAUCAGAAAAAGGAAAAAAAAAAUCUUCAAGAUAUUAUGGAAGUGUUAAUCCAAUGUCAAAACUAUCAAAGGAGUAGAGAAAAGUCUCCUAAGUUUCAUGGCCAUGACAAUGAGUCAUUAUGAUUGUUGGACCCCAAAAUUUAAUAUUUGAUUCAUAACCCAAGUGCUGUUUGAGUAGUUGGAUCCUUCUACGCUUCAGCCCAUUGCUCAGCUCUGUAUGAGCUACACCUUUCCCAUCACCAAUCUCAAAACAUUUUAAGUAGACCCCUGAACUUACUCCUUUUCCUAAGUCCUGGCACAUUUGACUCACAAAGAGCGGCUUCUGACUCUUGUGUUUAUUAGCAAGUCACUCAUGGAGCAAAUACACUGACUAACUGCAAACUUAUUUUUCUAGAGCAAGGUGUUACUCACUGUGAGUACAAGCAGCUCUUGUGCUGAUCAAACUUAGCAGGUGAGUCUGGCAGAGUAGGAGCAAAGUUCUCCCCUCUACCCUGAGAUUUGGUUAUCUGUUCACACAGCCCUCAUUCAGCACCAUUACAUGACAGAGAGGUAAUGUAGUAGAGUUUUAUCAGAUGAUCAGACCUGGAACAGAGCUCAGGUGGCCUGUUGAAACACAAGCAGUGAUGACUCUGCCACCCACAACUGAAGACUGUCAAGAAUUUUGUCCUUUGUGCUGCCGUCUCUAGCCCUAACUCCUUCUAGGUGUCAUUCUGUUGCCUUGGAGAACUGGCAGAAGGGGUGAAUUUAGACCUUUCAUUUGCUUCCUUUUAAAAGACGAACGCCAACAUUUGUUGGGAAAAGACUCCAGCUCUCCAAAUCAACAUGAAAUCUGCUCUUUGAAGUUUCUCUUUGACUUUUCCUGAAACCAGAAAAAUCUGCUAAAAAGCAGGCACAAUGUAUAGUCCUUCCAAAUCCUGGACCUCUGUGUAAAUAUUUCCCCAGUUCAUCUCCUCCUUUGGACGUGACUCAGUGGCACAGGCGCAGCUCACAAUUUUGCAGCCAGGCUCAAGAAGGGCUGUUUAUUGUCCUAAGAGCCAGUUUUAACUUUACAAUCUCUAACUGCUAUUUUUUGUUUGUUUGUUUGUUUCCUAAUACCAACAAGCAAUUUUGGUCUUAGAUGUCUUAGGGAUCCAAAAGGGCUGCUGGUUAAUUCAAAGGUCAUUUGACUUUCAUUUAUCAUUUGGAGAAAUAGUUCUGCUGCUCUGAUUCUUUAUUUCUAAGGACAAGAAGAAACAGCAUUUGUAGAAGACACAAGCCUGCAACACAAGGAAGAAUCAAUAAAUUAUACAGGAACUGUAUUUAUAAAAAUAUCCUUUGCCUCUGCCCUCAUUACAGGUUUAACAAGAAUUCACAUACAGCUGUGUGGGGAAUGAGGGAGGAAGAUAAAGUCAUUUUCCUUUGCCAGGUGAAGGUCAUUUGGAAAGAUCUGAUCUUUUUAUUGCUAUUCUUUACUUUUCUUUAUUUUGUACAAUUAAUUCUGUUCUGUACAGCAGCUGUUGUGAUUGUAUUUAAAUGUGAGUGCGCACUUGGUCACCAACAAACAAUGUCCUCUUUAUUGCUUUGGAGUUUUGGUUUGGUUUUCUUCCUUCCAUUUAAUUUAAUUUAUAAUUCAGUGGUGAAAAACAUAAUCUUUUAUAUUUCUAUUUCCUAUACAAGCUACCUGUUUUACAUGAGUCUAUGAAGAUAAUGACCACAUUUGAUCAAACAUUUCACGGCAAUAAAAUCUAUGUUGA